AUGUCACCGGUCACAGAACACAGGGAUGAAUGUGCAGCUAGUAAUAUUAUCCACCCUGCUCGCAAGGACAAGCAAUAUGUGGAUGUUGAAAAUAAUUCUCUCAUUGUGGCCCCAGUUUUUCUGAGACCAGAAGAGGAUGGGGUGGCUUUUUUAGGAUCCCGUGCAAACACCAAGGGUAUACAAGAAGAGGAUUCUUUGUUGGAAAAUGGGAGUCAGAGCACAGAAAACGAGGACCCAAAUGUAGACCCAACUUGUGAAGCUGUGGUACCACUAAAAGAAACCUCUUUCGCUAUUGGACUGCAAGUUCUCUUUCCAUUCCUGUUGGCGGGAUUUGGUACUGUGGCUGCAGGGAUGGUCCUUGAUGUUGUACAGCACUGGGACAUUUUCCAGGAGGUGACAGAAGUUUUUAUCCUAGUGCCUGCACUGCUAGGCUUAAAAGGGAACCUGGAAAUGACACUGGCUUCUCGUCUCUCAACUGCAGCAAACAUGGGGCUAAUGGAAACGUCCAAGGAGAAAUGGUCAAUGGUAGUUGGUAACAUGGCUCUGAUCCAGGUGCAGGCAACAGUUGUGGGUUUCUUGGCUUCCAUUGCAGCGGUUAUUUUUGGCUGGAUCCCAGACGGCCAUUUUUUUAUGGACCAUGGUGUACUGUUAUGUGCAAGCAGCAUCUCUACAGCAUUUAUUGCUUCUCUGGUGUUGGGUCUUGUGAUGAUUGGGGUUAUCAUUGGAUCCAAGAAUCUUGGUAUUAAUCCAGAUAAUGUGGCAACACCUAUUGCUGCCAGCCUUGGAGAUCUGGUUACUUUGGCACUUCUGUCUGGUAUAAGCAGAGUACUCUACAUAGAAAUGAAAAACAAUGCAUUUGUCAACCCGAUUGUGUGCUUGGUAUUCAUCACAAUGCUGCCUGUGUGGUUUGUGAUGGCAAGGAAAAAUUCAGCCACACAAGAACUGCUUUCAUCAGGCUGGGAACCAGUGAUCAUUGCCAUGGCCAUCAGCAGUUUAGGGGGAUUAAUUUUGGACAAAACUGUGUCUGACCCAAAUUUUGCUGGAAUAGCAGUUUUUACUCCAGUCAUAAAUGGUGUCGGAGGGAACCUUGUAGCUGUUCAGGCCAGCCGCAUAUCUACUUACCUCCACAUGACUGGGUCCCUUGGAGAGGACGCUGUACUUAAACCUUGCAAGUUUCCCAAUCCUUGUAGAACCUUCUUCAGCUCUGAUGUGAACUCCCGUUCAGCACGUGUCCUUUUUCUGAUGGUUGUGCCUGGACAUCUAAUUUUCUUGUAUACCAUUAACUCCAUGCAGGGUGGUCAUACUACUAUGACUCUGAUCUUCAUGGUCUUCUAUAUGAUGACAGCACUGCUACAGGUUGUGGUUCUCCUGUACAUUGCAGACUGGAUGGUCCACUGGAUGUGGAACAGGGGGCUGGAUCCUGAUAACUUCUCAAUUCCCUAUCUUACUGCUCUUGGUGAUCUUCUGGGUACUGGCCUCUUAGCCCUUAGCUUCCAUGUGCUUUGGUUAAUUGGAGACCGGGACAGUGAUGUUGGAGACUGA